GCCGCCGCGGGCGAGCGCGCGGAUAGCCGGGUGCGCGAGCCUAGAGCGCGGUUCGAGGUGGGCAGCGCCGCCUUCCGCCGCACGCCACCCCGCCGCUCACCCCGGUCGGCGGCCAGAGUGCCGGGCUCGCGCUCGCCCCACUCCCGCAGCCAACGGUGCGCCCAGCGGCCAUGACCGCCGAGGAGAUGAAGGCGGCCGAGAACGGGGCGCAGUCGGCGCCCCUGCCUCUCGAAGGAGUGGACAUCAGCCCCAAACAGGACGAGGGCGUGCUCAAGGUCAUCAAGAGAGAGGGUACAGGCACAGAGACACCCAUGAUUGGGGACCGAGUCUUUGUCCACUACACUGGCUGGCUGCUAGAUGGCACCAAGUUUGACUCCAGUCUGGACGGCAAGGACAAAUUCUCCUUUGACCUGGGAAAAGGGGAGGUCAUCAAGGCUUGGGAUAUUGGUGUGGCAACCAUGAAAGUGGGGGAAGUGUGCCGUAUCACCUGCAAGCCAGAAUAUGCCUACGGUUCAGCAGGCAGCCCUCCAAAGAUCCCCCCCAAUGCUACACUUGUAUUUGAGGUGGAGCUGUUUGAGUUCAAAGGAGAAGACCUUACAGAAGAUGAAGAUGGCGGGAUCAUCCGCAGAAUACGGACUCGGGGUGAGGGCUAUGCCAGGCCCAAUGAUGGCGCUAUGGUAGAAGUGGCAUUGGAAGGCUACUAUCAGGACCGGCUCUUUGACCAGCGGGAGCUCCGCUUUGAAGUUGGGGAAGGGGAAAGUCUGGAUCUGCCCUGUGGGCUGGAGGAGGCCAUUCAGCGCAUGGAGAAAGGAGAACGUUCUGUUGUGUACCUCAGACCUAGCUAUGCUUUUGGCAGCGUUGGGAAGGAAAGGUUCCAGAUCCCACCACAUGCUGAGCUGAAGUAUGAAGUACAUCUGAAGAGUUUUGAGAAGGCCAAGGAGUCUUGGGAGAUGAACUCUGAAGAGAAGCUGGAGCAGAGCAACAUAGUGAAAGAGAGGGGCACCGUGUACUUCAAGGAAGGCAAGUACAAGCAAGCCUUACUGCAGUACAAGAAGAUUGUGUCCUGGCUAGAAUACGAGUCUAGCUUUUCCGGAGAGGAAAUGCAAAAGGUCCAUGCGCUCCGACUGGCCUCACACCUCAAUCUGGCCAUGUGUCAUCUGAAACUGCAGGCCUUCUCGGCUGCCAUCGAAAGCUGUAACAAGGCCUUGGAGCUGGACAGCAACAAUGAGAAGGGCCUGUUUCGCCGGGGAGAGGCUCACCUGGCAGUGAAUGACUUUGACCUGGCCCGAGCCGACUUCCAGAAGGUCCUGCAGCUCUAUCCCAGUAACAAAGCGGCCAAGACCCAGCUGGCUGUGUGCCAGCAGCGGACCCGCAGGCAGCUCGCCCGGGAAAAAAAGCUGUAUGCCAACAUGUUUGAGAGGCUGGCUGAGGAGGAGCACAAGGUCAGGGCCAAGGCAGAAGUGGCUGCGGGCGACCAUCCCACUGAUGCUGAGAUGAAGGGUGAACCAAACAGUGCGGCCGGGAACCAGUCUCAGGCAGAGACAGAAGCAUAGCCUGCCUCUCCGCUGCCCACCUCUGCAGCUGCCUCCCUGCUCCCUUACUCCACCCUGUUAGUUUUGUAAAAACUGAAGAAUUUUGAGUGAAUUAGACCUUUAUUUUUCUA